AUGUUUUCAAAUGGAAGUAGCUUUGCAGUUAGAUUAGCCAAAAGACAUCUUUUAGUAAGAGAUCAGUAUUACCAAAUAUUAAAGAAACAAAUUUUUCCUACUGCCCAAAGAAAUUUUGGUAUAUUUUCUCAAAUCAAUCAAUUGAGUAGAGUUCCCCUUACAGGAAAGGGAUCUAAGUAUGAAGCUAGUAAAACUGUUAAGAGUGGUUCUACCAUUGAAUUUUCGGCUGGUAAAUCAGUUAUAUUAUUUCUUGUGGCUGGUGGUAUAACAUAUUACAUUUUUGAAAGAGAAAAGAAAAAAAUAGACUUAAAGAGGCAUGAAGAAGAAACUAAAGGAUAUGGCAAACCAAGAAUUGGCGGUGAACCAUUUGAGUUGAUUGAUCAUAAUGGGAACAUAUUCACUGAAAAAGACUUAUUAGGGAAAUUUUCUUUGAUCUAUUUUGGUUUUAGUCAUUGUCCAGAUAUUUGUCCAGAUGAAUUAGACAAGUUAGGUGUGUGGCUAGAUGAUUUAGAGGCAAAUAAUAUACAUGUACAACCUAUAUUUAUAACAUGUGAUCCAGCAAGAGAUUCACCAGAAGUAUUAAAGGAAUAUUUAACUGAUUUUCAUGAUGGAAUUAUUGGAUUAACAGGAACCUAUGAAGAUGUCAAGAAAGUUUGUAAACAGUAUAGAGUAUAUUUCUCUACUCCUCCAAAUGUACAACCUGGUCAAGAUUAUCUUGUUGAUCACUCGAUCUUUUUCUACUUAAUGGACCCUCAAGGACAAUUCGUUGAUGCACUAGGGUUAAAUCUUGAUGAAAAAUCAGGUGCUGGAAAAAUUAAAUAUCAUAUUCAACACUAUAACUCCAAACAUUAA